ACCACGCUCCUUCGUUGUUUUGUAACAGUCCCCACAGCGGCUUAGGAGGAAUCUUCGGUGUGGUUCUGUUCUAUGUAUCAUGUCCUUUUUACGGUUCUGUGUGUCAGCCAGCAGACGGGUCGGGUCUCGAACCCAGGCUGCGGGCUUGGCGUUUCCAGGCUCUGCACGGUCAUCCAGCGGAGCCCCGAAGGACCAGGAGCCGCUGAAGAAGGCCAAAACCCCGCAGGGUCGCUUCGACGCUCCGGAGAAGAGCGCAGAUGUUCUCGAAAAGUAUCCUGAUGACGUAAACCCUGUAACCAAGGAGAAAGGUGGCCCUCGGGGUCCGGAGCCCACCAGAUACGGGGACUGGGAGAGGAAGGGCCGCUGUGUGGACUUCUAGGGAAGUCUUCCAGUUUCUCCACCUCUGUCAGAGGAACCUUGGAAGAGACUGAGACUGUGUGGCCGUGUAUAUAUGUGAAUAUAUGUGUGUAUUCAGAACAAUAUGCUCACCUGAUUAACUUGAUGUCCCACUUGUGUAACUAAAGGAUGAUUCAGUCUGAUCUUAA